GACGACGGAAAAAAGCACAGCACCAUGAUUCGCUUUGUUUUUUAGUUUCUCUGGCUACAUCACUGCUGUUCCUGUUGGUCAUACUUACAUAGUUUCGGUUUAUUAAGGCUCUCUCUCCAUGUCUUAGUCUUUCAACAAUGCAUGAUAAGUAAUUGAGCAGAUCUAGUACUACUAGACAAUCUUUUAAGUUCAGAUCUUUGAUCCAAAGUUGGAGUCAAGAGUGCCCCCAGCACCAUCUUCGUCUUCAUCAUUUCGCCAGUAAGUGAAAAAUAUAAAAGAUGUACGCGGCGGAUAAAUUAAGUGAGGCGGCGUAUGACAACCUCACUGGUGGGCAUGCGUUGCCGAAAUUCGAGACGAACGCGGCAAACCGUUUUCGAGGAAAGACUGUGAUCGUGACAGGCGGCGCGGGAAACUUUGGAAAGUGCUGCGCAAAGCGAAUGGCCAGCGAGGGCUGCAAUGUGGCUCUUUGGGACUUAAUGGAUGCCAGUUCGGUUGCCAAGGAAAUCGCAGAGGAGAGUCCAAGCGUCAAAGUAGAGUGCUUUCAGCUGAAUAUCACUGACUGUGCCGCUGUCAAAUUAUGACUAUGACUUUAUCGAAACUACAUCAACAUGAAAAUAUAAUUGAUAUACGAAAGAUAAUGAUAAGGUCAAGCGGUACCAUGGUAACUAAGUAAAUUUUCACGUUGUUCUUAAUCUAGUAAGCACUUAGUCUUCGCCUUCGCGAGUUGCAUUUUGCUAAGCACUGCAGCUGCCCAGGAGGUGAAAGAUAAGUUUGGGAAAAUCGACUACCUGUUCAAUAAUGCUGGUUAUCAAGGGAAUUUUGCCUCGGCAGACAAAUACGACCCAGAGGACUUCAAGAAAGUGAUGGAUAUUAACUGCAAUGGGGUUUUUUACGUUCUGCAAGCGGUGGCGAAUAUCAUGGCUAAGGACGGCGGAGGGGCCAUCGUGAACACCGCGAGUAUGGCAGCGCACAGCGGGCCCCCAAACAUGAUUGCCUACGGGACCUCCAAGGCUGCAGUGUUCCACAUGACUCGCAUUUUAUGAUGCAACACGAUUCUUGCAGUUGCACUAUUUAUUUUACUGCUCUUACAGUACUCUUUCGUACUAUCUUUCAACAAGAUACCAAUCACGGUCGCUGUACAUCAACUCAUGGAACUUAUGGUACCCAAUGGCACAUAUUGAUUUUUGAUGAUUACACACUUGUAUUGGAAAGUAGAUGAAGCAGGCUUACGCGCCUCUCAACACGACUGCAGUAAGUUAGAAGGAAGUUACAAUUAUUCAGCUCUGAGAUGAAACUCUCCUAGUAGUUGUUAUGAUAUGUUUUAGUCUUGUGCGGUUUCCGUGUCCCCCAAUGAAGCUGCCUCCAUUGUUUGUCUGCAUGUGGUGGGGUGUCUUGUUGGACAUGGCGACGGCUUUGCGUGGGGCUCUCCACGAAAAACGGUCUGCGUCUCGUGUCGUAUCUUGUUGGACAUGGCGACGGCUUUGCCUGGGGUUCUCCACGAAAAACGGUCUGCGUCUCGUGUCGUAUCUUGUUGGACAUGGCGACCGCUUUUCGUGGGGUUCUCCACGAGAAGCGGUCUGCGUCUCGUUUCGUGUCUUGUUGGACAUGGCGACCGCCUUUCGUGGGGGUCUCCACGAAAACGGUCGGCGUCUCGUGUCGUGUCUUGGUGGACAUGGCGACCGCUUUUCGUGGGCUUCUCCACGGAAAACGGUCCGUCUGUGUCUCGUGUCGUGUCUUGUUGGACAUGGCGACAGCUUUUCGUAGGGUUCUGCCCGAAAAACGGUAUGCGUCUCGUGUCGUUUUUUGUUGGACAUGGCGACCGCUUUUCGUAGGGGUCUCCACGAAAACGGUCGGCGUCUCGUGUCGUGUCUUGUUGGACAUGGCGACCGCUUUUCGUGGGCUUCUCCACGGAAAACGGUCCGUCUGUGUCUCGUGUCGUGUCUUGUUGGACAUGGCGACCGCUUUUCGUAGGGUUCUGCCCGAAAAACGGUAUGCGUCUCGUGUCGUGUUUUGUUGGACAUGGCGACCGCUUUUCGUAGGGUUCCCCACGAAAUUAGGUUGCCUCCAGGUCCAGAGUCUGUGCGUGUGGCUCUGCACAAAAGUGCAAAGUGGCAUAUCUUGUUCGCAAUUUUUUUUGGUGGCCUGCCCUGCCUCUUCACGGUAAAGCUAAGGCUAAGCUUGUUCCUAGCAUCAAUUCAUGGCUAAGUUUGUUCCUAGGUUGAGGUGGUACAACGAACCGCUACUUUCGUUUUUUGCAGGUUACUUUUGCAGGAGCUUUCAUACUGCGCUGCGAAGGACUACGCUCCGCACAGCGUCCGCGUGAAUUCGAUAUCGCCAGCUUUUAUCGGUCCCGGGUUCAUGUGGACUCGGCAGAUCGAGCUUCAAGCGGCUGCAACUAGUCCCUACUAUGAUAAGGACCCGAAUGUAGUCGCAAAGCAGAUGAUUGACGCGACCUGGUUGAAGCGAUAUGGAAAAAUUGAAGAAGAUAUGCUUUCAGGCCUUACAAUAACUUAGUUGCAGACAGAAUAAAGAAUCAGCUUGACCACGAGCUGAAUUGUUUACGUCGUCACACGAUGAACAUGAAACUUCCUUACUUUGUCACAUGGUGAAACCCUCUACUUGGGUCACGACCUCUUUUUCUUUCUCAUAUCGCUCAUCGGACCGGUGACGUUUCUACUUUCGGACGAUGCGUCCUACCUGACCGGAAUCGAUAUCCAAGUGACAGGCGGAAUGUAGCUGGUGUUUUGUGUAAAAAUAUUUCGGAAGAAGCGGAAGCAAGAUGAAGAAGAUAGAAUUAUUGAUGUGAGAAUCGAUGAACAACACCAACGAUCUAUAGAAAUGAGAAGUCCUACAGAAAUCAUGAUAACCGUUAUUCAGCAAUUAUAUCUUUUAGAGCUAAUUAUUUGUGCCAUGUAUUUAUGAUUUUUGCGUUUUUCUACUUACUUUCUUCUAUGGCUAUUGGCGCACCCUCGUGCGUGUUCGUCGGGUGCAAGAGGCUGUGAACGCAAUUGAAUACGUCGAUCGUGACUCUUCAUGACCCUUAAUAGCUCACUCUAAUUCGAAAGAAAGUUUAAGUUCACAUUCAUUUGUGAUUUUCGAAGCUGAACGUCACACGACUUUCGUAAGGUGACAGUUACUGAUACAUUGUUGAGCAAUCUCGCGAU